AUGCGUUCAAGCGCCAACGUAAGGCCGGUGACUGAGGGUUAUUACAAAGAGCCUAAUCCUGAAAUGGAAGAUUAUUACAAAGUACCUCGGUCCAUUGACAAGGGAAUUUACAACACACCUAUAGACACCACCGAGGCAUAUUACGCCACACCAAGGCCUAGAAGGCAGAAACAGGAGUCCCAGAUUUUACCUAUAGCCGCAGCCUUGAGCGACAUAUCCUCAUCCGAUGAGGAGGAGAUUUACGACACACCUCGAGCUAAUGUCGAGGAAGGUUUCAGCACACCAAGAGUGAGUUCGCAUUAG